UACCCUCGCGGCGCUAGGACCCAACGUAUAUAGUCCUUGCAAGCGCACAUGGCCAUUGUAGAUUGUAGCGGCUCUGAUGUAAAAUAGUACGCUGGUCUCGUGAAUCAGAUUUCUUAUGUAGGCUAUCUCUCUCUGUUUUCUGUCGGACCCGCUUACUUAUAAUUCUUCAAACUCACUUAUCAAUGUCUUGGAGACAUUACUUACUGCCAAGUCCUUGAGUGCCGCACGCAGGGAUUUCAGCAUGCUUGGAUGAAAAGUUUUUGACAGCUCCUCUUUCGUGGUCCGGCUAUAAGAAGUCAAUACUUGUUCUUCCUCUGUUUCGGAGCUGACCCCACUCUACUGCUUGCAUCCCGUAUCUGUCAAUCACUCGUGGACAGCAUAUUAUGGUCGUGUCGGUGCAAUAAUUCAUCCUGAACGCAUUUCUUUUCUAAAUCGGGCAAAAUGACUAACUGCCGUUGGAAGAACUUUGCAUUUCUAAUUGUUUUUCAUGUCUUGUCCAUGUCAACAGCAACGGGCAAUACAGACAACACACUUCUGAAUUUACAUGAUGGGAAAAGCUUGGACCAGAGUGUGCUGCACAGCGCUGUCCCUAAGCCCCAACGCUAUGACACCACGGUACCUCUCCUGCUGGAAGGGCGGCAGCGCAAACCACUCAGCCAGCUCAAGUCCAGGAGUCAUCCUGCAUCACUGAAGCUAGUGGUGGAGGCGGAAGGUGAACAACUGGUCCUGGCACUAGAAAAAAACCAGGGCCUGUUUGCAAGCCAUUACACUGAGACACAUUAUCUGGACGAUGGCAGUGCAGUCACUGGUGCUCACAACUUUACGAAGAACUGCUACUACCAUGGAAAAGUGGAGGGCCACACUAACUCUGACGUCACUCUCAGCACCUGCUCUGGCCUCCGGGGUUUCAUCUCACUUGAAAAUAAGACCUUCAUCCUUGAACCAUCGUUGUACCAGGACAAUAAUAAACACAUCAUCUACCGAGGGGAAAACCUCAACCUGUCCCCAGGAACCUGUGGUCAUGGCUUCAACAUGUCCUCUGUUAUCCCUGACAACCAUCUGAGAAGCCCUUUCAGAACAUUCAGCACCAGGAACAAGAGGCACGCUCAGAAGACUACCAAAUAUGUAGAGCUGGUCAUCGUUGCAGACAACAGAGAGUUUCAGAAACAGGGGAAGGACGUUGAGAGGGUGAAGCAGAGACUGGCAGAGAUAGCCAAUUACGUAGACAAGUUCUAUAGGGUCCUGAACAUCCGUGUGGCCCUGGUGGGCCUGGAGGUGUGGAGCGACGCUGAUAAGUGUCCUGUCACUCAGGACCCCUUCAACACCCUGCAUGAGUUCCUAGACUGGAGGAAAGUCAAACUACUGCCUACGAAAUCACACGACAACGCUCAGCUCAUCAGUGGGGUGUACUUCCAGGGUACCACCAUUGGCAUGGCCCCCAUCAUGAGCAUGUGUACAGUGGAGCAGUCUGGAGGCAUCGUCAUGGAUCAUUCGGAUAAUCCCCUGGGCGCGGCUGUGACUUUAGCACAUGAGCUGGGGCACAACUUUGGCAUGAACCACGACACUCCAGAGCGGGGGUGUGGCUGCAGGAUGACAGUGGACCGCGGGGGCUGUAUCAUGACCCCCUCCACUGGGUACCCCUUUCCUACGGUAUUCAGCACCUGCAGUAAGAAGGACCUGGCCGCCAGUCUGGAGAAGGGAGUGGGGAUGUGUCUGUACAACAUGCCUGAGGUCAAGGUGCUCUACGGGGGACAGAAGUGUGGCAAUGGAUACGUGGAGGAGGGAGAGGAGUGUGACUGUGGAGAACUGGAGGAAUGCAUGAACCCCUGCUGCAAUGCCACCACCUGCACCCUGAAGGGGGAUGCCGUGUGUGCCCACGGACAGUGCUGCGAGGACUGCAGGCUGAAGCCUGCUGGCACACCGUGUCGAGAGUCUAGUAACUCCUGUGAUUUGCCAGAGUUCUGUACUGGUGCCAAUCCCCACUGCCCUGCCAACGUGUACCUGCACGACGGUCACUCCUGCCACAACGUGGAUGGAUACUGCUACAACGGCAUCUGCCAGACUCAUGAGCAGCAGUGCAUCACGCUAUGGGGACAAGGAGCCAAACCUGCCCCAGGGAUCUGCUUUGAGAGGGUCAACUCAGCAGGAGAUCCUUACGGGAACUGUGGGAAGGACUCCAAAGGAUCGUUUGCCAAAUGUGAAGCCCGAGACGCAAAGUGUGGCAAAAUUCAGUGUCAAGGAGGGGCCAACAGGCCUGUGAUUGGCACCAAUGCCGUCUCCAUAGAAACCAACAUCCCUCUUCAGGAAGGAGGGAGGAUCCUGUGUCGGGGAACCCACGUCUACUUGGGUGAUGACAUGCCCGACCCUGGACUGGUUCUGGCUGGCACCAAGUGUGGAGAGGGCAUGAUGUGUCUGAAUCGUCAGUGCCAGAAUGUCAGUGUGUUUGGAGUGCACCAGUGUUCAGGGAAAUGCAGCGGACGAGGGGUGUGUAACAACUUGGAGAACUGUCAUUGUGAGGCGCACUGGGCUCCUCCCUUCUGUGAGAGUGCGGGGUUUGGGGGCAGCCUCGACAGUGGACCAAUGAGAUUGUCAGAUGUGCGUGUGUGUGUAUUAAUGUGCGUGUUGUCGUAUGUGACGUCAGCCGACAGCAGGGUGGUUGCUGUGGCAAUCCUGGCCACCCUCCUCAGCCUUAUGGGUGCUGGGUUCCUGGUAUUCCUUAAGAGGAAGACUCUGGUCCGUCUGCUCUUCACCAACAAGAAAACCACCAUGGAGAAACUGAGAUCAGUUGGGUCGACCAGACCAGCCAGCCCCAACCAGACUCAGUCCAUGUACAGUCCACGACGCAAGCCCCUAGCCAAGCCUCCAGGUAGCAGCAUAUACAAGCCAUCACACCUGAGUUCGGAGCCUCUCCUCCCUCCACACAGUUUCCACUCCCACAGCUUGCGGCGGCUGCCCCACUACCAGCCCCUCCACAUCAGCCACCCCAUGCCUGUCUCCCUGAGUGUGGGUCAGCAGCCCCUGCCACCGGUCCCACCCCACCACAAGGCUCUGCCGGCCCACACCGCCCUCUCCCCACCACGGGCACAGCCCUUCCACAGCCUGCCCCGACAGCAGCCCUACAGAAUGGACCAGGACUGUGAGAAACCCAGUCCACCCCAGAAGCCCCUGCCUGCAGACCCUCUGGGAAGGAGGGCUCGGGUGGGACGCAGCACCUCGGUGGUAGGGGUUCGCCUCCCUGGACCCAUCCCUAUCCCCAUCCCCACCGUACCCAGACCCCUGCUCACCAAUCCACAACUGAACAGACCUGCACCCAUACAACCCCCGAGACUGCCAAAGACUCAUCAUUUUGACCGCUGAUCUCAACGAAGAUCUGAUGGAAUGGAAAAGUGGAGCGCUCUAUGGAUGGAGACCCAUAUUUGCACUACAAGAAUACCAGACCUUUGCAACUUUGAAAGUGUCUCAGAGUUUUAGGGAAAGGAGACUGACUUCAAACCUUGGUGCUGUACCUUUGCUUUUGUUGUCCUCGCUCAGGUACAAAUGAACUAUUUAAUGUCUAUAUUUAUUAUUACCGUGUGCACAGUGCACUCUGGUAGACCCUAUUGACAGUAGCAUAUUGAGACUUGGAUCGCUGUUGGUGAUUUUUUUUUUUUACCCCCAGCAAAAUCAGAAGACCAGUUUGCCAUAUAAUGGAGGGUAUGUUUUUAAAUAUACAGUUAAGGAGAGACAUACUGAAAAAAAGUAUUUUAUUUUUAUCCUGUGAAGUUCUUAGAAUAAUUGAAGAGAGAAACACAGAUUGGGUUAAAGUUAAAGGGAAACAGAGCACUGCAUGGAACACUUUGAGAGUAACUUGUAGCUCACUAAGCAGCAGUGUUAGGGACUGGGAAUUUUUGUUCAGUUUAUCAUUAAUAAGAACUGCUUUUACAUUCAAAUGCGUCCACUCACUUCAUAAUCAGAAACGGUGUUGACUGACAUGUUGGACGUAUCAAUUGAGGUGUGUUUCGACUAAUCCAAUUCAGUGCAAAAGCAAGGGAAUUGUUCAGAAUGGACACGUACUUGAGAAUUGACUGUUACGUGAUCUUUGUAUUCAUACAUGAUCUUUAUUCAUAUACAGUUGAAGUUGGAAGUUUACAUACACUUUAGCCAAAUACAUUUAAACUCAGUUUUUCACAAUUCCUGACAUUUAAUCCUCGUAAAAAUUCCCUGUCUUAGGUUAGUUAGGCUCACCACUUUAUUUUAAGAAUGUGAAAUGUCAGAAUAAUAGUAGAGAGAAUGAUUUAUUUCAGCUUUUAUUUUUUUCAUCACAUUCCCAGUGGGUCAGAAGUUUACAUACAGUCAAUUAGUAUUUGGUAGCAUUGCCUUUAAAUUGUUUAACUUGGGUCAAACGUUUCGGGUAGCCUUCCACAAGCUUCCCACAAUAAAUUGGAUGCAUUUUGGCCCAUUCCUCCUGACAGAACUGGUGUUACUGAGUCAGGUUUGUAGGCCCCUUGAUUGCACAUGCUUUUUCAGUUCUGCCCACAAAUGUUCUAUAGGAUUGAGGUCAGGGCUUUGUGAUGGCCAUUCCAAUACCUUGACUUUGUUGUCCUUAAGCCAUUUUGUCACAACUUUGGAAGUAUGCUUGGGGUCAUUGUUCAUUUGGAAGACCCAUUUGCAACCAUGCUUUAACUUCCUGACUGAUGUCUUGAGAUGUUGCUUCAAUAUAUCUACAUAAUUUUCCUGCCUCAUGAUGCCAUCUAUUUUGUGAAGAGCACCAGUCCCUCCUGCAGCAAAGCACCCCCACAACAUGAUGCUGCCACCCCCGUGCUUCACGGUUGGGAUGGUGUUCUUCGGCGUGCAAGCCUCCCCCUUUUUCCUCCAAACACAACGAUGGUCAUUAUGGCCAAACAGUUCUAUUUUUGUUUCAUCAGACCAGAGGACAUUUCUCCAAAAAGUAUGAUCUUUGUCCCCAUGUGCAGUUGCAAACUGUAGUCUGGUGUUUUUAUGGCGGUUUUGGAGCAGUGGCUUCUUCCUUGCUGAGCGGCCUUUCAGGUUAUGUCGAUAUAGGACUCGUUUUACUGUGGAUAUAGAUAUGUUUCUACCUGUUUCCUCCAGCAUCUUCACAAGGUCCUUUGCUGUUGUUCUGGGAUUGAUUUGCACUUUUCACACCAAAGUACGUUCAUCUCUAGGAGACAGAAUGCGUCUUCUUCCUGAGCGGUAUGACGGCUGGUCCCAUGGUGUUUAUACUUGUGUACUAUUGUUUGUACAGAUGAACGUGGUUCCUUCAGGCAUUUGGAAAUUGCUCCCAAGGAUGAACCAGACUUGUGGAGGUAUACAAUAUUUUUUCUGAGGUCUUGGCUGAUUUCUUUUGAUUUUCCCAUGAUGUCAAGCAAAGAGGCACUGAGUUUGAAGGUAGAUCUGGAAAUACAUCCACAAGUACACCUCCAAUUGACUCAAAUGAUGUCAAUUAGCCUAUCAGAAGCUUCAAAAGCCAUGACAUAAUUUUCUGGAAUUUUCCAAGUUGUUUAAAGGCACAGUCAACUUAGUGUAUGUAAACUUCUGACCCACUGGAAUUGUGAUACAGUAAAUUAUAAGUGAAAUAAUCUGUCUGUUUACGAUUGUUGGAACAAUUACUUAUGUCAUGCACAAAGUAGAUGUCCUAACCGACUUGCCAAAACUAUAGUUUGUUAACAAGAUAUUUGUGGAGUGGUUGAAAAACGAGUUUUAAUGACUCCAACAUAAGUGUAUGUAAACUUCUGACUUCAACUGUAUACCCUAAUAUUUGAAUUGGCAGGCUAUUGGACCCAAUUACAGAACUACCCCAAAGAACAGUAUAUCUAACCUUGUAAUUUUUCUCCACUGGCAAACUUGAACACGUUUACUAAUUGACAAAUGGUGUUGGGCUCUUACAUACCCUUAUUAGUUCAUGUUAGGACCACAAACUUGAAGAAUAUGCUGUAUUCACUACUUCACGAAAUAAUCAACUCUCUUACACACAGCUUGGAGUAUUUGCUGGCAGUUGUGCAAUACGUAAUGCUCCCAGCGGAGCAAGGAGUGUGAUAUGACCUGACCCUGCCGGGUUUCAGAGAAUUACAGCAACACCAAAUAAUGCAAUAUAACAGGGCUUGUGGAGGAGCGUGCUACAUGAACUAUCUUAACUCACUUGAUGCUGUAGUGUCAGGAUGACUUCAGUGUUGUGAACAGUCCAAAACCCAACCGAUGUUUUAUUCAUUUCUGUAUUUUCAAAGUUCACUCAGACAAAAGUAUGGCCAAGUGGUUUGGUUUAUGAGGUAAUUCCCAGUACUUGACAUAUUUAUCACUAUUCAUUUGAUAUUGGAGCUUGGUGUCACACAUUGGUAUGCAAAUCUCCUUUGAAGUUUUCAAGACUCCCAUUAAGUUUAAUUUGUCCAUUGAAAUAUUACAGUCUAUUACAAGACAUACUCCCAAUACCUGUAUUGAGUGUUGAGUUUUUGUCCCUUUAAACUUGACCAACAAUUUGUGCACUUUUAGAUUUCCAGUACAUUAAAAUGUCCAAAUGAAA